AUAACAGCAAUACAACCAAUGAUUAGAGUCGGAUCUAUUGAUUCUAUACUGAUUGUACUAUAGUCUAGAUCGCUUUCUAGUCACAGAACUAGGCUAGUUUAAGUCCAGAUGUUAAAAGAAUUCUAAAACAUGGACAUAGAAAAACUUUUGAAGCGACGAGUUAGUUUCGAAGCUGAUUUGGAAUGUUUAACAAUGAACGAGUCUAACGAAGGUGAAAAUAUUGUUGCCGGACAAUGGGCGAAUCAAAGCAUAGGAGUCUUUACAAGUGGAGGAGAUGCACAAGGAAUGAACGCUGCGGUAAGAGCCAUUGUAAGAGUUGGCAUGUAUAUCGGCUGCAAAGUUUAUUACAUAAAAGAAGGGUAUCAAGGAAUGGUGGACGGCGGUAACAAUAUCCAGGAAGCUACAUGGCUGAGCAGUUCAAAUAUGAUACACAUGGGUGGUACACUCAUUGGUAGCGCUCGUUGUAUGGAUUUUAGAGAAAGAUGGGGAAGACUAAAAGCAGCUCAAAAUUUGAUUCAGUGGGGAAUAACUAACCUCAUAGCUAUUGGUGGUGAUGGAAGUCUUACUGGAGCAAAUUGUUUCCGUCAAGAAUGGCCAAGUUUGGUUAGAGAAUUAUUUGAUAAAGCCUUGAUAUCUAAAGAAAAACAGGCACAAUUCUCACAUUUAAACAUCGUUGGAUUAGUUGGCUCUAUAGAUAAUGACUUUUGUGGUACAGACAUGACCAUCGGCGUUGACACAGCACUACACAGAAUACUAGAAGCUGUUGAUAAUAUUAUGACCACAGCUGUCAGUCAUAAAAGAGCAUUUGUUCUGGAAAUCAUGGGACGGACAUGUGGAUACUUGGCACUAGCCGCAGGAAUAGCAUGCGAGGCCAGCGUUAUUUUUAUACCUGAGGACCCGCCAGCAGGUGACUGGCGACAAUAUUUAUGCGAUAAUUUGAUGGAGAAAUCUAAAAGCGGAGAGUCAAGAAGGACACACAUAGUUCUUGUAGCCGAAGGUGCGGUUGACAGAGAAGGAAAUCCAAUUAAAUGCAAUGAUGUUCAAAAAGUAUUAAGCGACCAGAUGAAAAUGGAUGUCCGGGUGACAGUAUUAGGUCACGUGCAGAGAGGCGGUAAUGCUUCGGCGUUUGACAGAUUAUUGGGAUCAAGGAUGGGAGCUGAGGCUGUCCUGGCUCUAAUGGAUGCAGCUCCCACUACACCUGCCUGUGUCAUAUGCUUAGAUGGCAGUGAUAUUGUUCGAGUGCCAUUACUUAAGGCAGUACAAAGGACAAGACGAGUGGCUGAACUAAUGGCCGAGAGAAAGUUUGAUGAAGUUUUACAGUUAAGAGGCAGGCCAAUUGUAAAAAACUUAAUUAUUUAUGAAAAACAAGUGAAAGUUAUUCCACAUCCCAGUCUGGUGGGUUCUUCUAGAAAAAAAUUCUAUCGACUGGCUAUGAUUCACGUCGGACAACCUGCUUGUGGAAUGAAUGCUGUUGCUCGGGGAUUCGUCAGUGUUUGUAUAAGUAAAGGCUAUCAACCACAUUUCAUUUACAACAGUUGGGAAGGACUCACCCUAGGAAAAGUAAAACCUAUAACAUGGAAUGAAGUUCAUCAUUGGACGAGUGAAGGUGGUUCCUUAUUAGGCACAAGUGUAGAAACUGCCUACAAAAUCGGACUUCGAUCAAUAGCUACUCGAUUAAAUGAAUUUGAUAUUUCAGGAUUGAUCAUUGUUGGUGGUUUUGAGGCCUUCCAGAGUGCUUAUGAAAUAGCUAAAGGUCGAGAAAUGUAUCAGGAAUUGUGUAUCCCUAUCAUCGUUGUACCCGCCACAAUAGCCAACAACGUACCAGGAUGUAACAUGAGCAUAGGAUGUGAUACAGCCAUUAAUCAAAUUUGUAAAGCAUGUGAUGAGCUCAAACAAUCGGCCUUUAGUAUACAGAGAUGUGUUUUUAUUGUAGAGGUUGGAGGGGACAACUGUGGUUGUUUAGCAACCCUCUCGGGAAUAGCAUCUGGAGCAGAUUGUGCCUUUAUUAAAGAAGAGCCUUUUACAGUUCGUGAUGUUCAGUCCGCUUGCAGUCGUAUUAAGAACAAGCAAGAAUUUUCUGGAGUCAAACAAGGCCUUAUAAUAAGAAAUGAAAAUUCCAAUUUCAACAUAACCACAGAUUUUAUGUAUAGACUUUUUAAUGAAGAAGGAAAACCAUUUUGUACAGCAAGACAGGCAAUAUUAGGUCACACCCAAGAAGGUAAUAAAGCAUCACCGUACGACCGAGCAGCAGGAAUCAAAGCAGGAUGUCGAAGCACUGAUUGGCUCAUUAAUAUUAUCGAAGGAUUAGGUGCAAGAGACGGAGUACCAGUUUACAGCGACUCGCCCUCGACAGUAGUUGUGUUAAUUGAAAGAAAAGACCACUCGGAACAUUGUCCUGUACUUGACCUGGCUUUACAAACAGAUUUUGAAAAUAGACUUCCGAAAUUCCAGUGGUGGCUAAGACUGAGAAACCUUCACAAAAUACUUUCUUGGCCAACUAAACGAAAUGAAGACAAAAAAGAUGCAGAUUCGAAAUCGAUCAUGUUUGUUGAUCAUUAGUAAAGAAACUCAUCUUAUUGGUUCAGUUAAAAUGAAAAGUUCCUUUCAAAGUUCAGAGAAUGAUCAAGUUGAAUGACUUUUUCUGAUCAACAAAUAGAGUGCAAACUAGGGCAACAAAUGGUAAGAAAGAAAGACAAGGAGCGAAUCAGUCACAUCAGUUAAAGAGAGUUGUUGAACUUUGAAGACAAAAUACAAAUACAAAACGUUUGCAAAUUGUA